AUGCGUUUACAACCCCACCACGCUCAAGAAAAACAGCAGCAACAAAACCAUCACCAUCACCAGCAGCAGCAAACAAAGCAGCAGCAGCAGCAACAGCAACAGCAGCAACAACAGCAGCAGGAGCAGCUGCAGCAGCAGCAGCAAGACCGAGAUAUACAGCUGCUGAUUGAAAUGUCUAUAGAAGGAUCAGCCAUAGAUAUACGCAGCAUCCCGCAACAGAUAGUACACCUCAUCUCCUCAGAAGAAGGAGACAGAGACGCAGCAGCAGCAGCAGCAGGGGCCCCAUACUUCCCCCAAGAAGAUUUCAGCCCACAUGACUCCAUCAUACUUAAUGCUGCCAGCGCAGACAUGCCGUAA